GUGACCGGAAGUCGUGUCAGGUUCCGGAGCACGACAGAUGUCAUCAUGGCGGCGCUGAGGCAAAUUAUUCGCGCUGGACAGUUUCAGGGACGCCUUCCCCGGUGGACUCCGCUCAUCAGAUCCGUGUCGUCGGCCCCCGUUCUGCAGGCUGCGCACACCCAGGUGGAGCCUGUGAAGUCGGAGGGAGCCUUCCAUGUCACCAUGAUCCCCGGAGACGGUGUGGGGCCCGAGCUCAUGCACUCUGUGAAGGAAGUGUUCAAGGCGGCCGACGUCCCGGUGGAGUUUGAUGAGUUUCACCUGAGUGAGGUGCAGAACAUGGCGUCUCCUGAGAGGCUGGACGAGGUGCUGGCCUCCAUGCAGGCAAACAGAGUCGCCAUCAAGGGUAAGAUCCACACCCCUAUGGAGUAUAAGGGCGAACUGGCGUCAUACGAGAUGCGGCUGAGGAGGAAGCUGGAUCUGUUCGCCAACGUGGUUCACGUUAGCAGUCUGCCCGGAUACAAGACCCGGCACAACAACCUGGACCUGGUGAUCAUCCGGGAGCAGACGGAGGGCGAGUACAGCUCCCUGGAGCAUGAGAGCGUCAGUGGGGUCAUCGCGUGUCUGAAGAUCAUCACCCGAGAGAAAUCCAACAGAAUCGCCAAGUUCGCCUUUGAUUAUGCGACAAAGAAAGGGCGUUCCAAGGUCACAGCCGUGCACAAGGCCAACAUCAUGAAGCUGGGGGACGGCCUGUUCCUGCAGUGCUGUCAGGAGGUGGCGGAGUUGUAUCCCAGAAUCCAGUUUGAGACGAUGAUCAUCGACAACUGCUGCAUGCAGCUGGUGCAGAACCCUUACCAGUUCGAUGUGCUGGUGAUGCCAAACCUGUACGGCAACAUCAUAGAUAACCUGGCGGCGGGGCUGGUCGGCGGAGCGGGCGUGGUCCCAGGGGAGAGCUACAGCGCAGAGUACGCAGUGUUUGAGACGGGUGCCCGUCAUCCCUUUGCCCAGGCCGUAGGCAGAAACAUUGCCAACCCGACCGCCAUGCUGCUGACUGCCACCAACAUGCUGCGCCACCUGAACCUCGAGUAUCACUCCAAUCUGAUCUCUGACGCCGUGAAGAAGGUGAUCAAGCAGGGAAAGGUCAGAACGCGAGACAUGGGAGGCUACUCCACCACCACCGACUUCAUCAAGGCCAUCAUUGACCACUUGCAUGCUCGCUACGCGUACUAGACCCUGACCAGUCCAUGUGUAUAUACCCUGGUGGUACACUGCCCCCCUCCAUGUUGUGACGGCGGGGGAUGGGCCUUUUCCAUAUGAUAUUUUUCUACCCUGAUAAGAUGUACAGAUUGAUAUUUAUUAGAUGGCGCUGUGUAUGUUUGAGUCACCCUGGACGAGUAUUAAACGGACAGAGGGAUCAUU